CUUUUCUCUUUUUUUCUGCAUGAUCUGCCAUCUUCCACAGUAAACACUUUCGUGAAAUAUGCAGACGAUCUCACUGUUUGUAUGCCUAUCUCUUCCUCUUUACAUCCUAUAGAAAUGAACGAGUUUUUAUCUCACAUUGAUAGUUGGUCUGUCGUUAAUGGUCUCCUACUUAAUCCGUCUAAAUGUCAAGCUGUUAACUUUAGCAUGAGACAUGAUCGGCAUUUAAACACCUUUUUGAGAUCUUAUAAUGCUUGUGCCAUUGGCGACUCUUUGAUAAACACAGUGUCGACGGUCAAUUAUCUUGGUGUUACCUUUUCCUCUGAUCUCUCUUGGUCUUCUCACGUUUUAUUGUUAUCGAAGAAAGUUUUCCGUCUGACUUACUACAUUAAGAGGUUGCAUGCUUUUGGGAUCACUCGUCAUUUACUCCUACAAUUUGUCAAUUCUUGCAUAUUACCUAUUAUUCUUUACUGUUCUCCGUUAUUCUUUCCCGGGCUUUUGAGAAAAGACUUUGCUGUACUGCGGAGAGCUCUGAAGGCAGUUAGCAAGUUAUGUGGUGAAUCUUUCGAGACCAUAAUUAAUAUGAUUGUGGAUAGACAUCUAAAGUCAUGCAAACUCCUGGCAGAUGUUAUUUUAUCAGAUACUAACCAUCCCCUUCACUCAUAUCUUUCUCCUUGUAUAUCUUCUGGUAGAACGAGACGAAAUUACAUUAAAAUCCAAGCACGCAAGCAAAAGUAUAAACGUUCUAUAGUACCUUACCUAGCAAAUGUACUCUGUGACGAACAGGUUGUUAGAGUUAACCUAGUCAAUAAUCUGCAUUCUUAACAUGACUCUAAUUGAAGAGUUGUACAGUUUUUUUCAGAUUUUUUUUAACCGUUUUUUUUCUUUUGUUCUGUAAAAGAAACUUGUUGAAAUAUUUUUGUGCUGAGAAUUCUAUAUUGUGCCAAAAUAUAAUAUUGAAUAAAACCAUAAAUAAAUAAAAUAAAAUAAAUAAAAGGUACUAAAUAGAAAGUUUUGUUCAUUUUUGGAUAAUGUAAUGAGAACAUGAGGACUAUCAGAUCUAUGUGAUCUAUUAGAGCAAUACAUUUCAAACCAUUUGAUCCCAUACUCUAUCAACAAACAUAUAUACAGGUCAUAAGAUUGGUCUUAACUUGGUUUUUGUGUUGUACAAAUGUGUUCAAGUGUUUAUUGAAGCGCUGGACAUACAAAACUUCAACUUCCCUUUAUAUAUUCAAAAACAGUUUGUUCUCACUGUAAACCUAGCCUGAUAAUAUUAGUUUAUUAUCCAGCGUGAUGUGGUUUCACAGUAUUUUCUUUAUUAUCUCUGUUUCCUUUUUCCUUUCACUUCUAGUCUAACUGACUUUCUAUUUUUAUGUAUAAAUGUUCUUAGCAUGUAUGUGUGAUCAGAUUGUUCGAAAUGUAUUACACUAAUAUAUCAUAUAUUGCUGAUAAUCCUUAUCUUCUUUAUUACACUAACGAAAUUUAUCAAAGAUACUAAUUGCUUUGUUCACUUUGUUGAGGUAGCUCAAAAUACAAUCUGUACGAUAAAUUCAUCGGAAAUCCCAUUGGGGUCACCUUGUAGUGAACAAGAACACAGGUGGGAACAAUCGAAUGUACUUAACAACAAAUUAUAGAACUAGUUAGUAAAAUCCAACAACCACAUAUUAAAUCGUUAAUUUGCGAAUUGUUCAUUAUUAUCAGAAGGGGUUUUGUGGAGAUUGUAGUAAUUUCAAUGAUUAAGAUCAU